AUGUCUUCUUCUUCUUCAAAUUCCUCGCAAACCCACGAACCAAAUCCCCAAUCCAACAUAAAUACCAAAACCCAAGAAGAAAUUCUCAAAAAAGACGAGGAAAAACAAGACGAAGAAGAAGAAGAAGAAUGUGGGUUCUGUUUAUUCAUGAAAGAAGGUGGAUGUAGAGACCCUUUUAUCGAUUGGGAAAAAUGCGUUGAACAAGGGGAAAAAAACAAUGAAGACAUUGCAGAAAAAUGUUUCCAAGUUACUUCUGCUUUGCAGAAAUGUAUGGAAGCUCAUUCCGAUUACUAUGCUCCAAUUUUACAGGUAGAGAAAGAUGUAGAAGCUAAGGUUAUUGCUGAAUUCGAGAAGAACAGAGAAUCGAUUGAGCAGAAAGAAGAAAUGUAA